AUGGCGUCUCCGCUGUGGGGUACCUUUGCGAUGCUGUCCCGGAGCGCUGCUGUUUUAGGGCGGCCACUGGUGACUGAGAGGCCGGGUACCGUGCUGACACAGUGCCGUACCGUGGUGUGCUCCUCCAGCGGUGCCAUCCUGCCCAAACCCAAGAAGACGGCGUUCGGGAUGUUGAAGAUCACCCUGGUCGUGGCUCCGUUCCUUUACAUCGGUACACUCAUCAGUAAGAACUUCGCUGCCUUGCUGGAGGAGCACGACAUCUUCGUCCCUGAGGAUGAUGAUGAUGACGACUGAGCCCACACGGACACGGUGUGUGAACCCGAGGUACUACUGUGUGUAAACGAGGAAGAGGAGGAGAACAUCCUGGAUCUGCUGGAACGUCGCGUUCAUUUCAAACAUCUCUUCAGAGCUACUGUAGUGUGUGUGUGUGUGUGUGUGUUUACAGAGCUGCUGUGUGUGUGUGUGUGUGUGUGUGUGUGUGUGUGUGUGUGUGUAAACGUGAGCAGCUCUCCUGUCUGCACGAACUGUAUAAACCAAUAAAGCAAACACUGGAGGAACCUGAA